UUUGUGUUUUACUUGAGAUAUACAAUAUAUACAGCUCCGAGAUGCCAUGGUUUUUUCCAUGAUCUAAGCCUAUUUUUCCUAUUUUAUAACUCUGGAUAUGGUUGCUUUCUGAUAUGAAGUCGUUUUUCACCGCAUAUUUUCCUAUAAAAACGAAGGCCAGAACCACAAGCAGCAUAGUUAUACUUUCUACUGAGCAAAAUGCAUUCGUUUUUAAUUGCAGCUGUAGCUUUCCUGAGCUACACCUGUGGCGCCCCAGCGGAUUCAGGAGCUCUCACUUUGAACGAGUCAAAUCCAGAGGAUUCCGAUGAGUCCGUAGAGACCUCUCCACCGAUCGACUGGAGCAGUGGGUAUUGGAUAACGACCACACCGCUGCCGCCGAUCGCCAACUUGCCCGAUGCGGACAAGGCGGCCUUGUGCGAAUUUCUGGGUUCCUUCGAGGCAUUUAGAAUGCAGCACUUCGCGGUUAUCUGGGCCGCUAACAUGGAGUUCCUCUCCAACGCGGAGAAGCACUUCGCCAAAGAGCUUCAAGAGGAAAUGGACAAGCUGCGCAACUCACCCGCGGACCGCAAGUACAUGGAAAUGGACCCAACGCAAGCGAACGCUAUAGUUCGAAACGCAACUGCCUACAAGGAGUUCGUCAAGGAUAAUGUCGUCAAGGAGAACACGCUUAAAAUGAUGAACAGAAUAUUCGAAGGAUUACAAGUUAUCCACAAGGAAAUCAUGGUCGGUUUGAGCAAAGCUAAGAACAGCAUUAGCAAGGAAACCGCGGAAUCCGAAAAGAAAUUCUUCGAGUCAUUUGAAAAUUUGAAGGAGCCCAAUAAUGAUGACAUACUAGAUCUUUUGAAUGAUCUGGAAAGAAAGCUUAAACAUAGGUAUCAGUGUUCUAAGUCGCUGGUAUUACGAAAGCUUUUUUAGAUAUCUGCCUAGCAUCACUACAAUUUAACCUUAAUAAAGACCAAUUUCCUGUAAGCAAACAUAAUAACAUACUAGCAUAUGAUAAACAUAAAACAAUAGGCCAAAGUAAAUUGCUUUGGACUGCAAUAGACCAUCCACGAUGGCUAACACCUACUGUGUGCAGACAAAUGUGAGACCCUCAAAGACGAAUUUGUUUUUUAAACUAGAUGUUGUUUUAUUCUCUUUUAAAAAACUUCUACGCAUCUGAACGUAUGUAAUUCUGCCCUUGUUGUUGUCCUUAAACCUCGUAGCCGUAGGAUUUGAUGAUUUUGUUGAAGGGCUCGGCGGCCUUCGCGAUAUUCUCGCGCGCCUUGACCGUCAGCUUCUUCA